CACAACACUCACAUCACUAUGGGUUUUUCCACUAGCUCAUGUCUCUUCUUCUUCUUCUUAACAUUUGUUCUUUUCUCCACCCAAAUCGAUGCAAGAGACAGCUACUCAUUUGGCAAGUUCCAAAGAGAAUACCCCAAAGAGCAAAACCCUAACAAUCUUGUCCCUGUCCAAACCAACGAGAAGAAAGAGCCAGAUGACCAGAACCCUGCCUUUAUCCCCCAGUCCGAAAACGGGUACGGCUUGUAUGGUCACGAGACAACCGACAACAACAAUGAAGAGUACAAUAACAAGUACGAGGAUAACGUUAACUACGACGACUCUUUCUCCACCCCAAGCCUAAGCGAAGCGGCCCAAACGCAAGAAUCUUACAAAAACUACAGAGAGAGCUAUCCUAAGACUACUGAGAUUUACGACAACAACAAGGACACGAGCUACUACGAAAACUCAAAUGCUUACGGGACGGAUAAGAGAGAGGAGGCGUACAAGGGUCGUUAUAACAACAAGGACACGAGCUACUACGAAAACCCCAAUACUUACGGGACGGAGAAGAGAGAGAAGGAGGCGUACAAGGGUUAUAACAACAACGUAGAGAGACAAGGGAUGAGCGAUACGAGGUAUAUGGCGAAUGGUAAGUACUACUACGACCUUGACGACGACAGAAACCACGGCCGUUUCUACCAGAAUCAUUACUACAACUACAAGCCCACCAGUUACAAUGAGAAGAAAUCCAACUUCAGGAAUCCCUACGAUUCCAACCAACAGUCGGAGAUGUUCGAGGAAGAGCAAGGAGAUCAGUUCUCUCCAUGAGCAUGCCCACAUGAAACAAAAAUAAGUAUUUGCUUUUAUGUUUUCGAUUUUUGUUUCAAAUGGUUUAAUAUAAUUAUCAGUCAAAA